ACACAAGUCAGCUGUUCCGCGCCGACAGCAACAGCAACAAAAACAGCAGCUAACAACAAACGAGUUUUGGAUCGAAAAUGUUGUUAACAAUUAAAUGCGCUCAGAAUGUGAUUAAGCCGAACUGCCAGAAAGUGGCCAAUCUGCUUGCCAGCAGCCGCAGAGCUGGUUUAACCCGCGCCACUGCAACAACAGCAACGAGUAGAAGCCUGUCGCAAAUCUCAGUUCUGUAUUCGCCAGCAGCGAGAGAAGCAGCACGGGCAGCAACUGGUGGCAGUGCAAAUCUCCGGAGAAUCCACGGCACCCCAACCACAGAAGCAACAGCAACCGCAAUCACAGCGAAAAAGCGCAAAAUGGUGGUACGACUAAACGAACAGGAGCGCGCCGAGAAGCUGCAGCCUCUCCUGGACGCCGGCUGGACUUUGGUGGAGGGGCGCGACGCCAUCUUCAAGCAGUUCGUGCUGAAGGACUUCAACCAGGCAUUCAGCUUCAUGACGGGCGUGGCCCUGCUGGCCGAGAAGAUCAACCACCAUCCCGAGUGGUUCAACUGCUACAACAAGGUGGACGUGACUCUGUCCACACACGACGUGGGCGGGCUCAGUUCGCAGGACAUUCGCAUGGCCACGCACUUGGAGACCACGGCCAAUUUGUUGAAAUAAACGCAUUGUUAUACUAGUUGCUAAAUGUCUAUAAUCGCCGGUGUCCAAUAAAUACUCAGCUCAGCAUCGA